CUUUUUGUAUUUAUAUUCAAACAUUCGCCAUCUUUUCUUCUACUCUUUCUGUUUCUCCCCUUCCUUCCACCCAUCAGUCAUCACACCCUCUUUUUUCUAAUGGAGGCCAAGUUUAAGCUGCGAAUCUCUCGCAUGUUUCGUUCUUCAUUCGGGUCUUGUAAGCCUCGAAACGUAUCGGAUGUCAUCGAAAGGCCUGUUUUCGUCGCUGAGAACAGCCGGGACUUCCAUCUGCUCGAACCUUUGUCUCCUAAGGUUCGAAUAUUUCCUUCUAUGUGCAGGCCCAGAUGGCCGGAAACAACAGAGACGAACGGAAACGACAGUGUCGUACCAAAGGAGGUGUUUCAGAGGGGGAAAAUAUCGGAACGUAGUCCAUGUUUCGUGAGGCCAGGUGAUAUGGAGGGAAGAACAUGUCCUCCUGCAUCGCCCAUUUCGCCUCUGAAUUCGUUUUACAACUUCGAGGAAUUCCAACCCAGGGAGAGAAAGAAACGAUCGAAGAAGAGUAGGAAGACCCAGAGAAAGAACAAGAAGAAAGAGAGUUGCUGCCAUCUCAGCUCGUCUUCUCCAGAAACUAAUGGUGGGUGGUUCAGCAGUGACGACGAAAUAGAAGACGAGACGGAAACGUUCUUCUCUUCUGAUUCCUCGGAGUCUCAUCGCCUGAACAAGAGGAGUUCUCGCCGGAGAGCCGCCGGAGCUCAACGGAGAAAAGUAGUGAGCAGGAAUUCUGAUAUGGGUCUUUGCACGUUUUCCACCAAGGGCAAAUUACAGGAGAGCUUUGCAGUGGUGAAGAGUUCCAGCGAUCCUUACAGUGAUUUUAGGACAUCCAUGGUGGAGAUGAUCAUAGAAAAGCAGAUAUUUGCCGCAAAGGAUCUCGAGCAGCUUUUGCAGUGCUUUCUAUCGUUGAACUCCUUUCAUCAUCAUAAAGUGAUCGUGGAGGUGUUUUCAGAGAUAUGGGAAGCUUUAUUCUCUAACUUGUAUUGAAGAAAUUUGCUGUUUCUUCUGGAUCAUGUUAUAGUUACAGUUAGGUGUAGUCAAGAAAGUAGCUAGCUUUUCCUUCUUGUUUCUGUUGCUCACUCUCUGGCAGAUCUAACUGUUAUUAACUGUGUCAAUUAAUUAAUGGUACUCUUAUUUUGGUCUUUU